CUGACAUUUGAUUUCCUGUCGAUUGGACUAGGGUAAGUCAGGUGAAACGGUGUUGCCUGUGUGCGAACGUCCGGCAAUCAAGUGCCGCCAAGAAACCACACCUUCUUCAUCAACACACCCCGCACCUUCCUCUGCAUCUCACGCCGUCACCACUUCCCCUAUGGUUGGUUGCUGAGGCAUGGCGGGGGCACCAGACCGUACCGAGGAGGAGAUCCGGUGCGGCUGGAAGCAUGAGUCCAUUUCCCUUGAGGCCGCGCUCAAACAGGGUCUGGAGCACUGGCUCACGGUGAGCCUGAGGAAGCCUGCCAUGCGCCACUACAACGCCACAGCUGUCAACACGGACAAGACCUACCAUGCAAACGCCUACGUCGGCAACACUGGACAGGUCAGUCCGCCAUGCAGCAGCCGCACAUGGGUAUGCCAAACAGAUCGGGUGCGCGUGACGUGUGUGCAGCACGGAGUGACCAUCAUGGACGGCAAGGGCUUACGGGCACUCCUCCUCCUCAAGAAGGGCAAGCGGGGCUGGCGCUGGGACGACUCGAGCGUCGCCCGUCACAUCUGGCCCCUCAUGCAGCGGACCUACGGGCACGCCAAGCCACGCGACGUAAGCCAAGGAUGGAACUGCGCAUGUGUCAGCUCAUGUAUCAGUUUCUGUGCCAGUAUGGAUACUGCCCCACGUGCGGCGGCCACACACCUGUGCCCAAGCUCGAACCCAAGAGUGCCCAGACCGGGCAGGAAUGAGACCAUCUUCCUGCCUUGGGGCGCUGUCACGUAGACAGCACAUAGCCGGCGCCCCCUAGAGAUAGAAGGAUGAUGAGCGUUAGCAGCUGUGGAUGGAUCUGCCUAGGCGUCCAUUGUGGCUUCUUUGCGUUCCGACUUCUAGCUACAGUCAGCAGCUUUUCGGGCGUAGAUGUCAUCCCGGGGUCUCACUUCAUGUUGUCGAUACUGGAUGGUUACCCUAGUCCAAUUGACAGCUAAUCAAAUGUCAGUCAUUUGAUUUUGAGUUAAUGACAGGAGGAAGCGGUUCUCUAAAUGUAAACGAUUCAAACGACUGGCAUUGAUCCCUACUUUUCCUGGGAUGCAGGGCUGGCCGCGCUCCCCUCCCCCCAGUUGCCUGGCAAGGCGAUGUGUCCGGAUGGGGGCAGGCAAUACCGACCUACCCAUUCAUGUCAGUCGAUGUCCGUGUGUUGCGUGGGCUGUUGCAUGUG